AAUUAUUGCUGGUAAUAAUUGUCAUGUAACGACAACCACAUCAAAGUAAUGACCACCAAUCGUGCAAAUUUCCAAAGAUGCGCCUGUUCUUCGACCCCGAAAACCCGGAGAAACCCAACAUACCCAAGAAAACCCGCCAAAACCCAAAUAGAAACACUACUGGAUUGCCAAGAUUGCUGCAAACGCAACAAGAACAUUACUUUACCAGAAUUCCAUCUUCAUUGCAACGAAGACCCCGACUGUACAAUCAACGCGCUCAAAUUGAACAUAUUAUCAAACCGACGCCGACGGAAAAACCCCCAAGACUCUCGACCGUCCAAGAAAUACCACUAUCUAAUGACGGAUAAAUCCACCAACGUCCCCAAAAAGGUUCUCCAACACGAUUCCUUCACCACCGUAUUAAACGUCAAAACCCACAACGCCCAAAUUAAAACAACCAACAGACCAUCCAAAGAUAAAGAAAUACCGCGUCAAGAUGUCGAAGCCGCGCUAGACGAUUCGGCGUCGUCGUCGUCGGCGUCCGUCGACACCAUCAACACCUAUUUCCUGGCGCCCCACCGGCGAUCCGAGAGGCGCUCCAAAUUGUCGACUAGACAAGCGACGAAAACCAACGGCAGGGUCAUCGCGUGGAAGGAGAACCUCAGCGGCAGAUCGACGCUGAUCGGCGGCAAACGGAGCGCCGUCACCAGCCCGUCGGAUUUCCUCUUCGUCCUCAGGGAGGUCAUCAAGAUGGACAAUCAGUUCAGGAGCGAGAAGGGGCCGGAGACGAGGCAGUCCGGGACGCAAACCGGCAGGAUUUACAGAUGGUUCGGCUGGUUCAAAUUGUUCCGGCGGAAGAAGCGACCGAGCGAAAGUAAAUCGCCCAAAGACGUGAGUUUGUACGAUUACGACGACGACGAUUUCUAAAUUAUCAAUCAAUCAAUAAAUUUCCCUAACGGAGCGGGCAUUCUCGAUAUUUUCUAGCGAUUAUUAAAGGGCCAAAUCUUACCAAAUCCCUUAUAGUUAGAAUAUAAGGAUUGUUCUUAGAUUCCAAUGAUUUGAAACGCAUUUGAAAGGCUACUUUUGAACUUUAAAGGAUGCUUUAAUAGAAUGUAAUUGAUUUCUUGAUCAACUUAAAAGAUUCUUGGAUCAAUUUGAACCUAUGAAAACAUGUAUUAUGAAACAAUUUUGGACUAAAAAUAAGAUUUAUCUUAAACCUUCCCUUAUCCCUUUGAUUCCCUAGAGCCCUUUGUUUUUAUUGUCUUUAUCAGCGGAACCUCUUUGAAAUAAACUUUCCUUCUUAAAAUCAUCCAAAUAUCCUGAAGUAUCGGGACUCAAUUAAUUAACACCCUGUAUAAUAAAACGAAAA